UUGUCCCCCCCGCCCCUCCAAUCAUGUGAUUCAGGUGUUCCAAUCCCCUCCAUAUCAUGUGAUUCAGGUGUUCCAAUCCCCUCCAUAUCAUGUGAUUCAGGUGUUCCAAUCCCCUCCAUAUCAUGUGAUUCAGGUGUUCCAAUCCCCUCCAUAUCAUGUGAUUCAGGUGUUCCAAUCCCCUCCAUAUCAUGUGAUUCAGGUGUUCCAAUCCCCUCCAUAUCAUGUGAUUCAGGUGUUCCAAUCCCCUCCAUAUCAUGUGAUUCAGGUGUUCCAAUCCCCUCCCAAUCAUGUGAUUCAGGUGCUCCAAUCCCCUCCAAUCAUGUGAUUCAGGCGUUCCAAUCCCCUCCAUAUCAUGUGAUUCAGGUGCUCCAAUCCUCUCCAUAUCAUGUGAUUCAGGUGUUCCAAUCCCCUCCAUAUCAUGUGAUUCAGGUGCUCCAAUCCUCUCCAUAUCAU